AUGAGAACCGGAUUGAGCCGAGCAAAGCGAAAGGUCGUAGCGGAACCUGUGCCUUACGUCAAGAAGAAGCUCCGCUCGGAGAUACCUCGCCGGAGACGAUCUCAGAUCUCUCCAAUUCUAUAUUCAUCUCUGAAUUUAACUCUUCCAUGCAAGAGUUAUGGUUUCUCUGCUAUUUCAGUGGAGUCCAGCUCGGGCUCGUACUUUGGUAGCGAAGUUUCAUGCGGUUCGAGCAGAGCUUUGGUUGGAUCGGAGAGCACUGGGACGUCAAACUUGAGAAAGAGACAAAUCGAUGAGAUUAAGGGCUCUAGAGCUGUGGUUCAGGCCAAUAAGAUUGUUGGAGGACCACCGUUUCGUAGAUCAUAUUACAGAAAGAAGGAAAUUGAAGGAAAAGGUGGUGAAGUGGAGGUGUCCGAAUCGUCAUGCGUGGAGUCGAAUUCUGCAGCUGAUGCUGAAAUUAUGUUAGGAAGGAUCUCCAAUUCGAAUAGACAAAGUGGAAAAGUAAGUGAAAUUGUGAAAGAGGUUGAAGGAAAUGAAGGCUCUGAAGCUAUUUCAAAAUCGGAGAUUUCUUGUGUUGAGCAAAUUUCCGGUGGAAUUUUGAAUUUUAAGGACAAAAAUGUCAGACUUCCGUCGGAGUUUAAGGAGAACAAUGUAUUUUCUGCUACCUCUGGUGUCCACUCAUGUUCUGUGGCGAAGUUCGCUGACGAAGGAACGGAACAAACUGAGAACAGAGCAUUGGAAUUUGAAUAUUCUGAGAUUUCAGGAAAUCUCUUUGAUGCGAAUUUCAGAGUUUCAAACUCGGAGUCGACAAUAGAACAGAAUCAAAAGAGCUUAGACUUUGAGUCCGAUCUCGCUUGUACGGAGCAAUUCUCAUACGAGGACGUCUCUGAGUACUCGUCCAGUCACGAGACGGUGUCUUCCGACCUCCAAUCGGAGUUUUUCCUGGAAAAUUCGGACCUAGAAUUCUCGGAUUACACUCCGUCUAUUUUCUUCGAUUCUGGAAGCGAAUUUUCCGAGCGCUCUGGGGGAGAUUCAACUCCUUCACUUACUUUCUCUCUGCUCCUUCAGUACAAAGAGGAAUUCUCGAGGUCAACUACUGCUCUAGACAACGUAAUUGCUUCACGCUUUGAAAACGAGUAUCAUGAUCAUGCUACAUUUUUGAGGUUCGAAGACGAGGAGCAUGAAGAGAGCUACCAGGCGUUGAGAGACAGAGAGAGGAGGCAAGUGUUUCUUCAUAAUUACGCAGAGGAGUACUGCUCCACGACGGAGUAUGGCGAUCUCGUCCUCCAGCAACGGUCGCAGAUGGUCAACUGGAUCGCUGAGCAAUCUACUGAAAGGAAGCUUCAGCAGGAGACGACGUUCCUAGGAGUUAGCCUCCUCGAUCGAUUCUUAAGCAAAGGAUUCUUCAAAGACAAGAGGAACCUUCAAAUCGUUGGAAUAGCCUGUCUUACGUUAGCCGCCAGGAUGGAAGAGAAUCAACCUUACAACAGCGUGCAGCAAAAGGAUUUCUGCAUAGGCUCCAAUGUGUACAGCAGAUGCGAAGUGGUCGCCAUGGAAUGGCUGGUACAGGAGGUCCUCAACUUCCAGUGUUUCUUGCCCACCAUUUACAACUUCUUGUGGUUCUACCUGAAAGCUUCCAAAGCUGACGCAAAGGUAGAGAAGAGGGCCAAGUACCUGGCAGUGCUAGUCCUUUCGGCCCAUGAGCAACUAUGCUACUGGCCCUCAACAGUUGCAGCUGUUCUUGUCAUCUUGGCUUCUCUAGAAAGCAGUCAAGACGCAUUCCACCAAAGAGUGAUCGAGACUCACAUCAGAACCGAAGAUCAUGAUUUACAUCAAUGCAUAGAGAGCCUCGAGUGGCUGUUAAGGUACAUAUGAUUGCACGCUAGCUAGCAGGGAAGGAACGGGAACAUCAAACAUAAAUUGUUUUACUAUUUUUUCUCUGAUCAUCAAAGGCAUGGAUGAAAGGUAGCUCGAUAGGUACCUAAGAAAAUGAUUCUUUUUCCAGUGAAUACGUAUUGUGACCACUUCUUGUUUUAACUGUCCAUAAAGGUACA